AUGGUUUUUUCUAAAUUUUUUCCGGGAUUUUGGGCUCACCCAAGAAAAAGAUUACCAGAAGAUAAUGUAGAAUCACUAGAAGAGAGUGAAUCUCAUUUUCUUUUAAUAUUAAGACAGACUGAAAAGGGUAGGGUCAUUGCAAAUUGUGUGAAGCAGUGUUCACAAUUUUUAGUAUUUGAUUUUUCUAAUUCCGAACACAAAGAUAAUCUGAUCAAACUAGUGGUGAGUUUAAACUUAUCAAAUGAUAAAAUAAUUAGCCAAGUUGAAGAGUUGAAACCCUCAGAUAAAUCAAGAUUUUGGGGGGACUGGCCUCCUCCAUUUUCAUGGCUUUUUUUGUUGGGGAUUGCUUUGUAUGAUGAAAUAUCUGUAAUACCAGAGUGGGAAUUUCAUAUUGAUUCAAUGAUACCUUUGCACAAUGGGGAGUCUCUAUUUGAGCUUUUACAGGAAUCAAAAAAUUUUUUUUAUGGAGGUAUAACUUUAAAAUCAAUACCUGAAUAUCAAGAAUCAUCAGAUUCCAGACUAAGUAGACAAGUGAAUUUUCUUGCUCCAGCUUUAUUUAAUAUCAUGUGUAAUUGGUGUGAUUAUUUUGGCCCUACAACUUUGACGUGGUUAUGGCUUAUUUUUAGUUCACUUUUUGUCUCUUUUGUAUCACUUGGGAUCAAUAUAUUUUUUAAACUGACCCAAUAUCAAUUAAAUUUGGGUCAAUCAGUUGAAUCUACUGCAACUUCUUAUAUACUAAUUUCGACUCCCUUAAUAUGCUCUUUUGGUUUAGUAUUUCUAACGAGCUUAGCUGAUCAGUUUCCACUACCUAAUUUUAAUGAAGAGAAGCUAAUUCAAUUUAUUAUAUUGAAAUCUAAGGCACCUGUAAGAACUGCUAAGGUUUAUCAAUCAGAAUAUAGGAUAUCAGGAAUAACUGAGCUAAUCCAUUCAAUAAUAGCUAAGGCAUAUAUUUCUAACUACAUACCAAACUCCUACUCCUCAUUUUUAGUUUCAAUGGCAAUGCUAUCAAUAGCAACAAUUUUAUACUUUUCUUUGGGAUAUUAUUCAACUUUAUUUUGGUUGAUCCAGACAAAUUACGGGGUAUUUUUUUUCACAAUGUUAAUAUCACAUUUCCUUUUUAGAAUAUUUUGUGAAAUGGAGAUCAAUUUGAAUUUUAAAAAUAUGGGAAAUUUGGUGAUAUUUGCCUUGCCAGUUCAAAUAAAAAAUUUAGGAGUAUUUCUUUUCUAUAUCUUAUUCAAAAAACUUUUUAAAGAUAAUUCAAAAUAUUAUCUACCUCUUACAAUGUGCUUGAUUAUUUUGGUACAUUUUGUGGCCCAGGUUAUUAAUUUUUUACCUUUUUCUGCUAAAUAUAUAGCUUUCAAGUUGGGUCCUAGUCAAGAAAUAAAUAGAGCUUCUUUGGGAGACCAACUAAGAUGCUACUCCAUACAAUCAAGUCGUAAGGAAACAAGGAUCUCCCUUAAAUAUCCCAAAGAAUCUAAUAAAUGUAAUGAAUUACUAAUUAACUCUGGAAAUGGGAAUGAAUAUAUUAAGGAACCAGAACAAUUUCCUCAAGAGUUUGAUAUCUAUUCAGCAGAAGACAAUACAUACUAUAAAGAAACUUAUUCAACUUUAUAUCAAGAUAUGGAAUGCUUCAGUUUGUUACAAUUGAUGGUAUAUUCCAUAUGUACACAAUUUCCAGUUACUGCAUCCUUUAUUCUAACUAUAAGUGGUAUACUACUUAUAAUUAUCUUUUGUGGGAAAUUAUUAAUGCAAUCUACACGUCCAUGGCUCUUACAAUUUACUUUGUCUCACAAAAUUUGGCAAUUGAUUUUGGAGACUAAUAUGAUGUUGGUAAUUUUGUUUGUUUCAGCUUGGGAUAUCUCAAAAGGUCUGAAGACUUAUGUUAUAAUAUUAACUAUUUGCAUCAGAAUAAUCUCAAAUGUUAAUUAUAGCUGUGAUAUACUUAGAUUUAUUAGUGAAACUAUUGUUUUAUCACUCUUUAGGCUAAUCCCAGGUAUAUAUACUCAAACAUCGCAGAUUUCGGACAAAUCCCUGUCAAGUAUAAUUGACAAAGUCAUUGAAAGACAUCAUAUACUACCUCCAUUAGGCCUAACAAGCCCUAUUCCAAAAAUUCAGCCUUUGAUCAAUAGUGGUGAUGUCUCUCUAAUUAAAUCAAGGAAAUCAGCUCUAAAUAUUUCUCCAUUACCUCCCCUCACAACUCCUCCUUUAAGUAUGUUAUUGAAAUUUAGAGGUUACUGGUGCCUUCUAAGGAAUCAUUCAGACUCCUUGCAAGAACUAAAUGCAGCAUUGGGAGUUUCUUGGAUUAUUCGUAGAGCUGUAGAUAAGUUGAACCCAGUUGUACAUUAUGAUGUAGAUAUCUCUAAAGGUCUCAUUGUGGUAUCUACUACUUUAGGAAUGGGGAUCAAUAAUAAGAUUACCCUAGUUAUUGAGAAGGAAAAUAACUCUGUAAUUAAAGAUGAUCAGGCUCUCAUUUCUCCACAAACAUCUGGAUGCUUACCAAUAGGACAAGAUGAGGAUUUAUAUCUUAAUAAACAGAGUACUAGCAAAAGAAGACGUUCAAGUAAUAAAUAUAUUGUUAUUGAACAACCUAACACUACCUGUCAGUGGUCUGAAGAUAUGAGUGUCAUUUUAGAAACUAGACAGCAUAAAGAUGGCUUUAAAAUGGUAGAAAUGAGACGAAUCAUUAGCUCAUCAAAACUUCCUUUCCAAAUCAAAGGAAAUGAUGGAAAAAUUAUUGAUAGUCAAGAUCAAGAUAUUCUUUGUUAUAAAGUCAUUUUAAAAGGAUGUAAGAGCAGCUUAAAUAGUAAAAAUAUAUUGUUAGUCUGCUCUCGCUACUUUAAAAGGAAAGAGGAUCCUAUAAAAGAAAAACAAGGUGAAAAGUUGUCUAACGGAAAGUGUUCAGCUUCACCAUCUGAAAAGUCUUCUUUAGUGUCCUCCUCCGAUGAACAAGUCUUUAGUCAGUCAGCCACCUCACAAGACUUAUCGUUGAAAAAUGAUUUAAAUUCACCUUGGUUUUUAGGAAGUAAUACGGAUUUCCCAAAGUCAGUUCAACAUCUGGCAGAUAAUGAGGAUCAGUUCCUUUCUAUUGUUGAAAAAAAAAAGGGAGAAUUGUUGUCUCGAACUGAUGAACUUUUGGCAGAAGUUGAUGAGGGAUUUUUAAAAUGGAGUCUUGAAAGAUCAUCUAAUGGCUUUAAAAUAUACAAGAAAGAUUUUCAAAAUGCUCCUUUUAUGAGCUGUGGAAUUACAACUAUCAAAUUACAAAACAGGAAUGACUGUCAAGUAGAUUCUAAUAAUAUAAAAAUAAACAAAUUCAUUUUUACAUGUGUUAAAGAUAUAGUUGACUAUAUUUGGGACUCUAGUACUAAAGUAUAUUACGAUCCAAUGGUUGAGUAUUGCAAACCUUUAUAUUAUUUUAAAUCUAAUCCUAAUAUCUGUAUUGUUUAUCAAGCAUUUAAGGGUCAAUGGGGAGUUGCAGGCAGAGAUUUUGUUGUAAUUUGCUAUAGAUUAAAAAGAAAUUUCAGAGGUAAUAAUCAUUCAACUAAUAGUAGUUGUCCUAUUAAAGAUUCUAACUGUUCAAAUUCUAUGCGUGAAGAGGAAAUUUUGCUCACUCAAUCAGUUGAAUGGUCUAAUAUUAAUGAUUCUUAUGUGAGAGCUCAAAAUUACUUUGCAACAUAUAUAUUUCGUCCUGGAAGUAAAGACAAUGAAAUUCAGCUUAUAUACCUUAAUCAAGUUGAUCUCCAGACAGUAGGCAUAUCUGCAUGGAUAAUUAAAAAGGUUAUACUUGAUCAAAUGAACUCAGUUGCUAUGCUAAGGGAUAUUAUCCAAAAAUCCUAG